AUGGAAUUGAGCCAGCGGCAAAGAGCCCUCACCUCUGAAUUACAAUCUAUUGAAGAAGACAUCACAAGAUUACAAGUACUCAAGCGUGACCUAAACGUAGAAUUGCAGAAGGUUAAGCAAGAGCUCGAGACUCAUACCACCGCUGGCCAUCACAAUGCUUUGCCACUCAACAAUGGUGCCUCCGGUGGACAAGCUGGAAAAGAAAGAAAUAACACAAAUGGACACUCUUCUCACAAUAAAGUUGGCCUCGUUGACUACUUUUCGACGUUCGAAUGGUCGGGAGAGCUCAGAAAGCGGAUGCAACAAGUGUUUGGAUUUGAGCAGUUUAGACUUUGCCAAGAAGGGUGA